AUGGUAGCCGGCGUCGGUGCCGCUAUUGCCUCUCUCUACAGUCACUUUCGACAGUAUCGAUCUUUCUAUGACGACGGCACGCGCUUCGCCUGGACUCGCGUUUUAACGAAUUUCCAGGCGGUUGCGGAGGCCACGCUCCUAGCAGCGUCUGUGUCGAUUCUGUUAGCGCUGACGGCUGACUGGCUACUCCUGCCGGUCCGGCAUCUCAGGAUACUCGCCUCGCAUAUAAUUCGACCACCGUCCGAAUCAGGGGCGGAGCAGCGAGAGGAGGCGGUGGUGGGCGUGAGGGAGCGGCAGCAGCGGCGACUGGAGGAGGAGGCGAAGGCUGCAGCUGAGGAGCGGGCGCGCGUGCAGGCACGGCAGCGGGACGAGGCGCGGCAAGCAGCGGUGGCAGCACUAGAGGCGAGCCGAGGCCACUCACUGCGAUCCAGAGGGGGAGGGGUAAAGUCUGAGGGGGACCCGCAGAUCAAAGACCUUGGAACGGAGGGAGAAGGGGGAGGAGAAGUGGGAGGAGAAGGGGGAGGAGAAGGGGGAGGAGAAGGGGGGGGAGAAGGGGGAGGAGAAGGGGGAGGAGAAGGGGGAGGAGAAGGGGGAGGAGAAGGAGGAGGAAGAGCAGAGGUGAACGAGGGUGUGGUGGGUGCAACGGGUGAUCUGGGAGGGGGCAGCGGGGCGCAUGGCAGCAGCAGCGGGUAUGAGGUUGCUGGGCUUGUGAGACGGCGCAGGGGAGGAGGGGGGCAGGAGGGAGGGAGAGAGGACGAGGAGGGGGAAGAGGGGGAAGAAAGGGUUGGAGGGGAAGGAGGGGUUGGAGGAGAACGAGGAGAAGGCGGGGAGAUGAGGGGUGGUGUGAUGGGAGGGCGACUGGGUGUGGAGGGUGGAGGGUGGAGAUCAGCUGCAUCGCUGGAAGCAGAGAAAGAGAGGAAGAGGCAGGUAUGGCGAGUGGAGUGCAGGUAUGGCGAGGAGAGUGCAGGCAGGUAUGCGGAGGGGGGUGUUGGUAGGUAUGCGGAGGGGGGUGUUGGUAGGAUAUGCGGAGGGGGGUGUUGGGAGCACUACAGACGAUUGCUGCCACCUGAGCCGGGAGCUGACGUGGCGAGCGAGGAGAGGGCGGUGGUGGCGGUGCGGCUUCCAGACGGGAUGGUGUGCAGGCGGGAGUGGCGGAGAGCAGACACUGUGGGGGACGUCUAUAACUGGACGUGUCUGCAACUGGUGAGUGCGUGUGUGGGUGGUGCCUAUGCCAAUAUGCAUGUGUGGGAGGGAGUGGAGCAGAGCAGCAGGCUGGCUCUCCCCCGCUCCUCUGCCCCCUCCCCACGCCCCACCAAACCCCCCACCUGUUUCCCCUGCUCCCCUCCCCCCAUUUCCCCCCACCCACCGCCCAAACCCCCUGACCUGCUACAGCAGCACACACUCCCCCAAAAGGACCUCCUCCCCUUCCCCCUCUCGCGCGCCUCUCUAGCCACCACCUUCCCACGCCGCCUGCUGCCCCUCGCCUCCUCUGCUGCCCUCCAUGUGGACUUGCAAUGGAGAGCUGCACACGCUCCCCCAAAAGGACCUCCUCCCCUUCCCCCUCUCCCGGGCGGCUCUCACCACCACCUUCCCCCGCCGCUUGCUGCCCCGCGCUGCCUUUGUCUCCAUCUCCCUAGCGCAUGCAGACCUGUGCCCACGAGCAGUGCUGGUGGUGGAAGAGGAGCCGUCGCCCUAGAGCAGGCAGACCUGUGCCCACGAGCAGUGUUGGUGGUGGAAGAGCAGAUGCAGGGGGCCGUCUCCCUAGAGCAGGCAGACCUGUUUCCACGAGCAGUGCUGGUAGUGGAAGGGGAGGUUGAUGAGAAUGAGGGAGAGGGGCAGGGGAAUGUGAGAAUGAGAUUGGGCGGGCAGAGGAACGAGAAUGAGGGCGAAAAGGCGGGAAAAUGUGGGGGAAGGGCAGCGGUAUGA